UCACGUUAUCAGUCGGGUACAGUGACGUCAUUAACUCAACUUUGUAAGUACUUCAGUCAGUUGGCAUCUAAGGAGCAGACAUCACGGCACUGCGGACUGCGAAGUAAUGUUCUCAGACUUGUGAAAUAAGUGACGUUUGUGAACCAAAUAGCGAAACAAUGACAACCUACAAGCUAACGCUGUCCGAGCCGGUAAUCCGGGACCGGCAGUUCGUCAAGCCUCUCAUGUGUGGUCCCGGUCCCUGUGAUGUCUGGCCGUCCGUCGCUGAAGCUUUGACUAGGCCCGUCAUAUCGCCGAUAUGCGAUGAAUACUUCAACGUAAUGGACGACAUCCGAGCCGGAAUUCAAUAUAUAUUCCAAACACGAAGCCCUCUGGUGCUCGCCAUCAGUGGUUCCGGCCACACGGGGAUGGAAACCAUCAUCAGCAAUCUCCUCGCUCCUGGAGAACUACUACUUGUCCCUAACAGGAGCAUAUGGGACGAAAGGGCUACUAAAAUGGCUAGUAGAUAUGGAAUUAAAGUGGUGACAAUAGAAACAUCAGAACCGUUUACAACGUUUUCACUGUCAGAAAUUGAGUCAGCCUUGAAGAAACACCGUCCGGCUGGGAUGUUCGUCACACACGGAGACUCUUCGACUGGCAACAUACAAAGUUUGCAGGGGCUUGGCGAGCUUUGUCACAAAUAUGGAGCUCUGUUGCUAGUGGACACAGUAGUGUCUCUAGCUGCAGUCCCAUUCUUCAUGGACGAGUGGGGCGUCGAUGCCGUGUACACAUCAGGCCAGAAGGCGUUGAGCGGGCCUGCUGGCAUAUCACCUGUGGCUUUCAGCGCUAGAGCAGAAGCAAAGAUAAACAACAGGAAGCACGAACCCCCGUUCUACUUCGACAUGAAGUUAUUGGCUCAGCAAUGGAACUGUUAUGACAAGAUCCGUGUGUACCACCACACAUUAAGCCCGCCACUAGUGUGGGCGCUCCGUCGUUGCCUGGAAGAAGUCAUCAGAGAAACUCUUCCCAAAUCCUGGGCCCGCCACGCGGCAGUCACGGCGCAUUUCCACCGACGUCUGCAGGACUUAGGCUUCCAGUUCCUCAUUAAGAAGCCUGAGGAACGACUGGCCACGGUCACCACUAUUUCGUUGCCGAGGGGAUACGAUUAUAAGCAGUUCGUGGAUCAUAUGAGAGCUAAGCACAACAUCAUGAUAAUGGCAGGCCUGGGUCCCACCGUAGGCAAAGCCUUGAGGAUCGGAAUCAUGGGAGUCAACUCUACCAUGCAAGUGGCGGAUCAGGUCGCGGAUGCGAUGGCAGAGACCAUACGAGCUCUGACCAAAUCACCACUUUGAGUUCCAUUCCUAGAUUAUAUCGGGUGAUUCUGGGGUCGUACGACACGUCAUACUCAACAAGGUUUCGUUUGCCAUGGUUGGGUACCGAUGUUAAAAUUCUCUUGGUUCCUCAAAGAUGUGGAGUAUUAACCCAUGAGGAUAUUGUUCAGUACAGUCUUAACACAUUGAAGUGAAUAGAAUGCGCAUUCGACUUCCAACUAAAGCGUUAAACGUUCAUCCACAAUUUCCAUGCACAAUUUUUUAGAAUUUGGGUUUAAUCAGUUUACUAAGUUACCUAAUUUUUGUUUAAUAAGAUAUUAAAAGUGUCUUUUUACUC